CUCUCCUCCUUGCUUGCUUGAAAGAUCAUCAAGAAAAGGUUUGAACCCAGAAGAAAAGAAAAGAUCAUAAGUCAAUCAUCAAACCAUGAUGGUGAAGAAGAAGAAGAAACAGAGUAGAUCCGGAUCUUCUACAAGAAAACUCCCAAGAAAAAUCUUGAUCCCAAGCUUCUCUCCAUUUUCCAUUCUAAGUUGGAAAAUGGUAAAGACUUGAAGCAUAUGAGCAGUAAACCGGCACAAGGAUUGUCUUCUCAGUCUAGAGUCGUGAGAUGUCCCAAGUGCCACAAGUUUCUCCAAGAACCUGAAGAUGUGACUAUUUACAAAUGCAGUGGAUGCAACUCUAUUCUCCAAGCAAAACGUUGGGACAAUGAUAAGGAUCUCCUCUCUUCUCAAAACCGCAGCUUAAGUACUGAGGUAGAAUCUGGAGAAUAUAGUGGUACUGGUAGUAGUAAAAUGCCAGUGAGAAGUAGUUACCGAAAGUACAGUUCGAGGACAUCACCUUGUUUUCAAACUGCUUACAGGAGGAGGCAUGAGACAACUUAUUAUAUCAGCAGAGACUGGAUGAGAAGUGCUAGUCCUUCCCCUUCUUCUUAUGGCUACACUAGUAGUAGUAGUCCCUUUCAAGGGUCUGCAUCCGAGCAGUCUUAUCAUCAUCAACCAAACCAAUUCAAGCAUUACGGAAGAGAAGGCUGGUUUCAAGAAUUUUCUUCUUCUGCUGCUGCUUCACCGAUUCGUUACCAAGGUGAGACAUCAUCUGAUCAAAAGUGCUAUCACUGGUCCUCUCAGCAGUCUCAGAUGCUGCAUGAGUCAAUUAACUGGUCCGGUGUACUUGAGUUAUCAUCUAUUACAAAGAAAGAAGAAGGAGAGGUCACAAGAAGGAGCGUAUCAAGCGAGUUUUAUGAAUUGAAACCGGAGGCCUUUCAGCCUCAGUGGAACCACAAGUCAAGUGAGGCUAGUGGAGAGACUUCAAGGAUUCAUCUAGAACAAGCUCAUAGUGCGGAACCUCUAGACAAGAACGAACACGUAUGGGAAGCAAACCUACCGUCUGAGAAGUACACCAGAGACAUACAAGAGUUUGACUUGGGUGAACUUAAAUGGGAUAAGAUCAUCAGUAGUGAGAGAGUCAGGUAUGAGUUAGAGGAUGCAAGAGUCGAAACAGUUUAUGGUGGUGAAAUAAGAUGGGAAGAGACAAUGGAAGAUAGAGCGGGGUUGCAUUUGGAGGAAUAUGAAACCAACUUCUAUGAGAACUACAGCAACCCAUUUGAAUGGACUUCAGGAGAGGCUCAAGGAAGAUCAGAAUCCAGUUCAGUGAUUCAGGAGUGUCAAGAUGCUAAACCAGAUCAGUCACGGUAUGAGAUAGCAAGCGAAAGGCAAGAGUUGAGUGUAAUGGUGGAAGAUGGACCAUCAUUGCACUUAGACAAGUGGGGAUAUGAAUCAACGACACUGGAAGAGACAUUUGAUGGAUUGACAGAAGAAAGCACUCCAAUGUUUUGUCUGCAUGAGCCUGCUGAGCUAGGUACACUGGUUGGACCAGACAAUGAAGAAGCUGAUGAUGGAAGUUCGGAAUCCAGUUCUACGGAUUCCUUCAACAGCCACGAAAGUUCAAAUAUGAGAGCUGUGUUCCACCAGGAGGAGCCCCAGGUGGUGAUGAGCGAUAGCAGAACCGAAAUGAUAUCAGUGAAAUUAGAAGACAUCUUUGAAUGGACUUCAGAAAGAGCACCAACAUUUCAUCUGUAUGAGCCUGAGCCUGAGCCUGAGCUAGGGGCACUGCUUGAGGAUGCUUAUGGAAGAUCGGAAUCGAGUUCAAGAGGUUCCUUCAACGACCAUGUAGCAUCAUCUGGUUCAAUGGUAUCGUCACAAGGCCAUGAACCUGGAAGUAUAAAAGCAGAAGGAGAGAGUGAAGCUGAAGAGGAGAUACUGAGAGACCAUUUCAAGAAUAAUUUGCACAAAGAGAGCAUUGUGGGUCUGCGUCAUGCGUUAUACCAAACGCAAACUUCGCCUCUCAGCUCACCAAUUCAUACUCCCAUUGGUUCUUCCCCACUGCAUAUCCGGAUGCGUUCAUCAAUGAAUAAUUCCCACAUAGUUUCACCACUGCGUUCUCCCACCAACUCAUCUGGAUCACUCUCUGAUGUAUUGUUCUUGGCAAAGAAAACUUGAAGACAUUAUUAAAAACAGAUAAGCCUUUCCAACCAAGCUUGCUCAGUCUUUUCCCUCAUACUUUCAAGACUUUUUAACUGCAAAAAAGUGUGGACAUUGUUUUCAUUUUAUGUGAGCAAGUGACUGGAUUACAUGUAAGGUUUUCUACGGGUAUUUUGUAGAGCUGUGAA